AUGGCGACUGAUAUGUCUCAAGGUGAACUCGUCCAUCCUAAGGCACUCCCACUUAUAGUAGGAGCUCAGCUGAUCCACGCGGACAAGUUAGGUGAGAAGGUGGAAGAUAGCGCCAUGCCGAUUCGACGAACUGUGAAUUCUACCCGGGAAACUCCUCCCAAAAGCAAGCCUGCUGAAGGGGAAGAAGCAAAGCCAGAACCAGACGUAAGUUCAGAGGAAUCUGUCUCCACUGUAGAAGAACAAGAGAAUGAAACUCCACCUGCUACAUCUAGUGAGACAGAACAGCCAAAGGGGGAACCUGAGAAUGCAGAGAAGGAAGAAAACAAGCCCUCUGAGGAAACCAAAAAGGAAGAGAAAGAUCAGUCUAAAGAAAAGGAGAAGAAAGUGAAAAAAACAAUACCUUCUUGGGCUACCCUUUCUGCCAGCCAGCUCGCAAGGGCCCAGAAACAAACACCACUGGCCUCCUCCCCACGUCCCAAGAUGGAUGCGAUCCUGACUGAGGCCAUUAAGGCAUGCUUCCAGAAGAGUGGUGCAUCAGUUGUUGCUAUUCGGAAAUAUAUCAUCCAUAAGUACCCUUCUCUGGAAUUGGAGAGAAGAGGCUACCUCCUCAAACAAGCACUGAAAAGAGAAUUAAAUAGAGGUGUCAUCAAACAGGUAAAAGGGAAAGGUGCUUCUGGGAGUUUUGUUGUGGUCCAGAAAUCAAGAAAAACCUCUCAAAAAUCCAGAAACAGAAAGAACAGGAAUUCUGCAGUGGAUCCAGAACCACAAGUAAAAUUGGAGGAUAUCCUCCCCCUGGCCUUUACUCGCCUUUGUGAACCUAAAGAAGCUUCCUACAGUCUCAUCAGAAAAUAUGUGUCUCAGUAUUAUCCUAAACUUAGAGUGGAUAUCAGGCCUCAGCUGUUGAAGAAUGCUCUGCAGAGAGCAGUAGAAAGAGGCCAGUUAGAACAAAUAACUGGUAAAGGUGCUUCUGGAACAUUCCAGCUGAAGAAAUCAGGGGAGAAACCCCUGCUUGGUGGAAGCAUGAUGGAAUAUGCAAUCUUGUCUGCCAUUGCUGCCAUGAAUGAGCCGAAGACCUGCUCCACCACGGCUCUGAAGAAGUAUGUCCUGGAGAACCACCCAGGGACCAAUUCUAACUAUCAAAUGCAUUUGCUGAAGAAAACCCUGCAGAAAUGCGAAAAGAAUGGGUGGAUGGAACAAAUCUCUGGUAAAGGAUUCAGCGGCACCUUCCAACUCUGUUUUCCCUAUUAUCCCAGCCCAGGAGUUCUAUUUCCAAAGAAAGAGUCAGAUGAGUCUCAAGAUGAGGAUGAGGAUGAGGAUGAAGAUGACUCAUCAGAAGAAGACUCUGAGGAUGAAGAGCCUCCUCCACCUAAGAGGUUGCAGAAGAAAACCCCAGCCAAGGCAUCGGGAAAGGCUGCAGCCAUGAAGCAGAGAGGGGCUAAGCCUGUGCCCAAAGUCCCUGCUGCCCAGCGAGGGAAAGCCAGGCCCCUGCCCAAGAAAGCCCCUCCUAAGGCCAAGACUCCUGCCAAGAAAGCCAGACCCUCCCCCUCGGUCAUCAAGAAACCCAGCGGGGGCUCUGCAAAGAAGCCUGCGGCUAGUGCGCGAAAGGAAGUGAAAUUGCCUGCCAAGGGCAAAUCCACCAUGAAGAAAUCUUUCAAAGCAAAAAAGUAA